GUGAUUUGAUUGGACAAAAUUAUGCGGAUUCCCACCAACCCUUUGCGACAGCCAACAUUCGCACCAUCAACAUGGCACCAGCCAAGCAAGCCGAGGAACGUCGCGAAGAUGGUCGCUUAGUGCAGGAGAUUCGCCCGUUGUCCUGUGAACAAGGCCUGCUGAACCGAGCAGAUGGAUCGGCGCGAUUCAGCCACGGAUCCACGUCUGUCGUGGCGUCUGUGAAUGGCCCCGCAGCGGCCAAAAACCGCCGCCAAGAAAAGGUUGACGCUGCUACGCUUGAAGUCGUGUUCAAGUCUGACAAAGGCGCGCCGACUGCACGGGACAAGGAGUAUGAGGUGAUUCUGCGGCAGACGUUCGAGACCGUCGUGUACUUGGAGAAUUUCCCACGCGCCGUCAUUAGCCUCACAGUGCAAGUCGUGGAAGACGACGGGUCCCUCUUGGCUGUGGCCAUCAAUGCUGUCAACUUGGCGCUCCUCGAUGCAGGCAUUCCCAUGCGAUCGUUGGUUGGCGCCAUUACGUGCUCGAUUCUCGACGACGGCCAACUGUGCCUCGACCCAUCGUUGACGGAAGGCGACGUAAGUUGUCCUGCCAUAUAGAUAUAGCCACGUGACUUCGAGCAUAGGCCGCCACCGCGUCCGUCACGGCUGCAUGUGCCGGGAAGAACGACGGUAUCCUCACAUCGCUGACCACAGGGUUGUUGAACGAGUCACAAUACUUUGCAAGUUCUGAAAUCUGCCGAAGAGCAAUUGACAGCGUGCUUUCAUUUGUGCGCAUUGCACAGGAAUCCAAAUUCCAAAAGGCCGCUGCGUAAACACGACUCUUCCCACGCCCCCAUAGGGAUAUCGAUUGUCGUUUUGCUCUAUCCAGCCUUCUCGGACGACAUCAAACUGCCCGGUCUUCCUGAGAUAUGUAACAGAAAAUACACCAUCUACCUACCAACCGACUUGCUCCGAGUAUGCUUCAUGCCAUCGAUCACCACGUGGUUCCCUUCUGCGCCCGACAUUCCUUCAGCCACGCACAUAGAGCAGCGUCCCUUCACCGACCAACGUCGCAUGAAACUCUUGCAUAUCCCUUGCUCCGUGGUCCCAUUGCGUCAUGCCAGCCACGAUUCUUGCUUCUGCAUGCGUUUCUGC